UGAGAUAGUGACCUGUUUUUCCUACCACGUCCUGCAGUGGCUGCCUCAGACACCACCUUUUCUCCCCAGCGCUAGAAGACGCUAGAAUCAGGUACAGCAAUGUCUUUAGUGUGUUUGGCAGACUUUCGGGCCCAUGCUCAGGAGCUUCUGUGCAAGUCAACGUGGGACUACAUUGAUGGAGGGGCCGAUGACAGCUUCAGCCGGGACGAGAACAUCGCGGCAUUUAAAAGAAUCCGCCUCCGCCCCCGCUUCCUGAGAGAUGUGUCUGAGGUGGACACUCGGACCACAAUCCAAGGGCAGGAGAUCAGUGCCCCCAUCUGCAUUGCACCCACGGGCUUCCAUUGCCUCACCUGGCCAGACGGAGAAAUGAGUACAGCCAGAGCUGCCCAAGCCGCUGCCAUCUGCUAUAUCACUAGCACAUACGCCUCGUGCACCCUUGAAGACAUUGUUUCCGCUGCUCCCAGAGGUCUCCGGUGGUUCCAGCUCUACGCACAGCCAGACCGGCUGCUGACCAAACAACUGGUCCAGAGGGCAGAAUCCCUGGGCUUCCAAGCUUUAGUAAUCACGGUGGACGUGCCCGUGCCUGGCAACAGGCGACACGAUGUUCGAAACAAUUUGGAUUUGAAGACAAAUUUACUACUAAAGGAUCUUCGAUCCCCCAAAGAGAGAUACUCAACUCCUCAUCUGCAGAUGACUCCUAUUGACCCAUCCAUGUGCUGGAAUGAUCUCUCCUGGUUUCAGAGCAUCACUCAAUUGCCCAUCAUCCUUAAAGGCAUCUUGACAAAAGAGGAUGCAGAACUAGCGGUGAGGCACAAUGUGCAAGGCAUCAUUGUCUCCAACCAUGGUGGAAGGCAGCUUGAUGGAGUUGCUGCAUCAAAAAUGUUAAUAUCUCAACAAGAAAAGAUGAACCAUCCAACUGAAGAA